CCUAAUCCAACUGUUAGACCUGACCAUCUCGUCAUUAUAUACAUAUCUCUGGCAUAACUUUAGUAUGACAUAGUUCUGUUGGUUGGUCUGGUCAAUAUUUGUCAAAGGUUUGGAAUCUAUUCAGUAAUUCCAGGCAGAGAGGAGAAGAGUGAAUGAUGCCAAGGUCUGGAGAAUUGACCCUGUUCCUGACCUUGGGUGGGGUGUUGGGGAUGGCGGCGGUCCUGCUGUUUAUUCUGUUUAGGCAGACUGUCUCUGCGGACCCCUGGGAGAUUAACCGCAGCUUUAUAACACUGGGGAGGUGCCUGGGCGAAGGUUCCUUUGGAGUGGUCUAUCAAGGCCUCUAUAACAACACUCCAGUUGCAGUGAAGACCCUUAGACGUGGCACCAUGGCCCCUCGGGACUUCCUAAAAGAGGCCCAGAUCAUGAAGGCUAUGAAGCAUCCCAACCUCAUCCAGCUCUUGGCUGUCUGCACUGAAGAACCCAUCUACAUCAUCACUGAGCUAAUGAAGAACGGAAGUCUGCUGGAUUACCUGAAGGUCAGGGUUGGAAGGCUACAUUUAAAUGACCAGAUUGAGAUGGCAGCCCAAGUGGCUUCUGGGAUGGCUUAUCUGGAGAUGAAGAAAUACAUCCACAGGGACCUGGCAGCCAGGAAUGUGCUGGUUGGCGAGAACAACGUCUACAAGGUGGCUGACUUUGGCCUUGCCAGGGUCUUACAAGCCCCACCAAUGCUUUGGAAUCAGACCAACCUGUAUUAUAUACCUGUAGGGAAUGCGAUAUUCCCUUUGAGAUGGACGGCUCCUGAGGCCAUCGCCAACGAGAAGUUCACCAUCAAGUGUGACGUGUGGUCCUUCGGAAUCUUGCUGUAUGAGAUCAUGACCUUUGGGAAGAUGCCCUAUCCAGACAUGAACAACUCCCAGGUGAAACAGAUGGUUCCCGCUGGGUACAGGAUGCCUUGCCCUAUUGACCCCUACUGUUCCAAAGACAUGUACAAUAUCAUGUUGGACUGCUGGAAGGAGAAUAAAAAUGACAGGCCCACUUUCAAGGCUCUGAAAAUGAGUCUGAGGAACGUUAGAGGAAGAUUUAUGUAAUCACUCUUGAGUAUCCAUUAAAUAGCAGUAAUUAAAUGUUAGUCUUGUUUCUCAGCUCUGUCAUCUCUUUUUGACAGUCUGGAAUGUUCCUUAGUCUUCAGUAACACACACAACACUAUCUUAAAGUGCUACCAUGACCACAUUGUUGAUUUUACUGACUGCGCUGUGGAGGGAUAAACGUUGAUGUCAUCUCUGCUGUCUUCAGACAUGGUGUGUGCUUCCAAAUUAAACCUUUUCUUUCUGCCUUUA